AUCAUAUGAUGAAUAUCAGCUGGAGAGUGUAUGCUGGUCCACAUCCCAAACAUGAGUUAUUUAUGUAACAGUCCUUCUUUGAACUCCUGAUAAUCUCCAAAGACAGUGAAGCAGAGUGCGCAUGCGUGGACGAGUUCGGAACGAGUCGACUCUUUGAACCGGAUCUUUUAGGUGAACCAAGAGAGUCGACUCGCAUAUAUGAGCCGUUUUUUUUUGUUUGUUUGUUUGGUUUUUUUUUUGGACUUAGUCAAUUGUGUUAGUCUUUCAGUGUAAUUUAAUCAAAAUGCUUCCAUGAAAAGUUGAGUGUAAUAGCCUGCAGUGCUUUCUGCAGUUACUACUAGGCUACUGUGUAUAGUAUAGUCAGUCUUAAUGAAGCACAAACACAGUCGCCACAAUAAUACUGCCACUCGUUUGUGUAAGAUUUCAUGAAACAACAUCAGCCAUAGCUAUGUAAAGAAGAACAGUUAUCGGUCAUAAUAUCGCAAACUCAAUCAGAGCCCACCGAGCGCUAAUCAAAAUCACCCGGUGACAUGACGUAUGACGCAGGACGUAUGACGCAGGACGCAGACGCGGAAGUGUUUGUGGAAGCUACAGUGACGGACAGCUCUCUGUCAUCCAGAGUUCAAAGCACAUGUCACAUUCAUGACUAUAUUAGAUUUGCGAUAUAAACAGUUUUGGACUUCCUCACUAUUUGUUCGGGGCUGUCUGGACGUUAAAACAGCAUUUAAACAGUCACUGCAAAUUAUUAAAUUAAACUAAACUACCAGAUAAAUGUAAAUGAAACGCAUUUUCAUUUCAUCAGAGAACUGAAUCAGUUCUCUGAAGUGAUUCAGUCCGAGUCAUGGAGUUGAUUAUGUCUGAAGAGUCUCUUUCUGUAGACUGCACAUGAGCAGCAGUUUCUGCUUUAUAUUAUAUUCCCGGCAUAUAUGAAAAGAAAAUGAAAAGUUUACUGACAUUAACUUUACCGCUGUUGAAAAACUUUAACCUCAUGUCACGUAUACAGUGUAUAUGUUGCUGAAAUGCUGACGUCACACUCAGUAAGGACUGAUAAACCCACACCAAGCAGACAUCCGGUCCUGAUUUUACUGCUGACUAGCUUUAAGCUGAUUUUACUUACAACUUUUGCAUGUCAGCUUUUACAGGCGUGUAGGAAAAGAAGACGGUUCCUGCAAUGAUUGCUGCUAGUUUCAGAGACUGUGCGGCAUGGAGGGCAGAAGGUCUCCCUCUGUCCACCAGCAGUAAUGAAGCCUGCAAAUUAUACGAUGCCAUGCUCACACAGUAUGUAACAUGGCGUAACGAUGAGACCCUUGGAGGAAUAGAGGGGUGUAUGGCAGCAGUCCAAGCAGCUGACCCGGACUUUGUGAUGGGUCAUGUGAUCAGCACUGGACUGCAGUUGGUGGGUACGGGCAGUUCAGUGUUGCGGGACCAAAUGCUGGCCAGUGCCGUGAGGAAGACGCUGGAUCUGGCCAGCUGCCAGGAGCUCACAGCCCGAGAGAAACAGCACGUCAAAGCCAUCGAGCUCUUCUCGAAAGGAGCCUUGGCCAAGGCCUGUGACGUGUGGGAUGAUAUUCUGGUGGAGCACCCCACAGACAUGCUAGCUCUGAAGUUUUCCCAUGAUGGCUUUUUCUACCUGGGUGAGCAGAUUCAGAUGAGAGACUCUGUGGCUAAGGUUCUUCCACACUGGAAACCACACAUGCCUCUCUACAGCUAUCUAAAAGGCCUGUAUUCAUUUGGACUUCUUGAAACUCGUUUCUAUGACCAAGCUGAGAAAGUAGCAAAGGAGGGUCUUGCUUUAACUCGUGAGGAUGGCUGGUGUGUGCACUCUGUAGCUCAUGUCCAUGAGAUGAAGGCAGAAAUAGAGAAGGGGCUGAAGUUCAUGGCCUCCACUGAGAAAGACUGGGUGGUGUGUGACAUGUUGGCAUGUCACAACUACUGGCACUGGGCACUUCAUCACAUUGAGAAGGGAGACUAUGAAGCAGCAUUGAAAAUCUUUGAUGAGCAGCUGUCCCGUCGCUGCGUAAACUCAGGAGCCAUGCUGGACAUAGUGGACACCUGUUCACUGCUCUACAGGCUGGAACUGGAGGGCGUGAGUGUGAAAGAGCGUUACAGGGAGCUGCUGCAGGUAACUGAGCCCCACUCUGAGGACCAUACUCUUCUCUUCAAUGACCUGCACUUCCUUAUGGUGUCUUUGGGCUGCAAGGAAACAGGAAUCACACAGCGACUGCUGGAGAGCCUGCGAGAGCUGGCAAAAGAGCCUGAGGAAAACCAUCAGCACCAGCUUGCUAGCACUAUUGGGUUACCCAUGUGUCAGGCCAUGGUGGAAUAUGAUGAAGGAAACUACAGUAAGACAGUGGAGCUGCUUAAGCCAUUAAGAUAUCGCUUGACACAGAUAGGCGGCAGUGAUGCACAGAGGGAUGUCUUCAACCAGUUACUCAUCCAUGCUGCAAUGAAGUCACAAGACAAACACCAUCAAAGAUUUGCCAGGUGCCUGCUGGUUGAAAGAGAUGCAGCGAGACUGAACUCCCCUCUUACUGACCGACUCAUCCAUAGAGCCUACUCUCUACACAUUUAACUGCUGGCCAGGUGAAGAGUCCUCUCUUCUGUGAUCUCUACAGCAAUGAGCUAAUCUCAUUCUGGAUCUGAGAAAUGAGCAUCUGAGACAGCACAAUACCUGCAAUCUGCCGAGCAGAAGCAUAAGGUCCAGGUCAGAGGAGAGUUUGAAUUAUUGAUUUAUUGAUUAUGUAUAGACUGUGUUUAAUCUUGAAUACUUAUUUCACUUGAGGUUGUAAUGUAUGGUGCAGUGUACAAAGCAAGAGCACUGUAUGUAUACCAUAAGAAUGUAGACACCUGACCAUGACACCUAUAUGUGCUAUUUUAAAAACCGUGGGCAUUAACACAAAGUUGGUCCCCCUUUGCUGUUAUAAUAAAUUCCACUCUUCUGGGAAUUCCACUAGAUUCGCUUUCCACUAGAUUUUGGAACAUGGCUCUAGGGAUUUGUGCUCAUUCAGCCGCAAGAGCAUUAGCUGGGCACUGAGAUCAAGUGAAGAGGCCUGGUGGACAGUCAGCGUUCCAGUUCAUCCCAGAGGUGUUCAGUGGCAUUGAGAUUAGGGGACUGGGCUACUCAGGUUCUUCUACAUCAACUUUGGCAAACCAUGUCUUUAUGGACAGUUUUUGUGCACAAGGGGCAUUGUCAUGAUGAAACAGAUUUGGGCCGCUUAGUUCCAUGGUCAGGUGUCCACAUACUUUUGGCCAUAGAGUGUAAGUACACAUAGCUGAGGCUGACCACCUCCUGAAAUCUCCCUAUUCAUAUGCUUAUGAAGAUCCAUAUUAGUUGGAUAAACUGUAUUAGAUUAGCUUAGAUAUAAACUGUACAGCAGCAGAUCUCCAAGAGUAGGAUUGGGCAACACAGGACACUCAGGUUAGUGAAAUGUAACUAAUUUAUCAUAAUAUUGAGAUUUAUAAUAAUAUUGAAAAAUACAUAUGAUUUAUGAUGAGGUCUUUGUUUUUCAUGUUUUAAUCAGUAUUUCUUUACAUAAUGAUAAGAAAACAUCUAAAGUCAUCCACAUUUCUAUCUUUUCAUCCACACUGCCAUCUUUUCAGACAGGGGAGCAUGUCUUUUACAAGUUGUUGAGAUAAAAAACAGAGGCGAGGAUGUGAAAAAAUGUGGCUCAUUGUGGCUCAGUUUGGGAGAGCCAUCUAUUUAGAUUUAUUCCCCCUCUAUGCCUUAAAUGAAACAACAGAUGUUUGCGAAUAAUUUGAAGCAAUGCUUUAUCGAUUUUUAAAUAGGUGAAUUGAGACAUGCACAAAUCAAUGUGACCUCCUGUUUUUCUGUGUUGCUACUGAAUCAACAAAUGUGCUUAGUUGAGCUCUUUUCCUCUUCACUCUUAUAAAAUCUGAGAUUUUUAGGUACAUACUCAAGGCUAUGUCUUUUGUACCUUCUGUUAGAGGAACAUAAUUGUGGAGGAACACUCUAACCCAAAUAAAUGAUCUUAAUGACCUAAUGUGA